UUAGAGGGAGGAGGCGGGAUCCUGGCUGCCACGGUGCUCACUGGCUAGUGUCCCUAGCUACUGUUGCUAAGACUGUGGGUCGCUGGAGGUGGUGGGAGUUAGUUUUGGCAACCAGGGCCUGAGAGAGGUCAAGGGUCAUUGCAGAGCCAGGGAGGAGAUGGUGAAGCAGACGAUCCAGAUAUUCGCAAGAGUGAAGCCCCCUGUCCGGAAGCACCAACAAGGGAUUUAUUCCAUAGAUGAAGAUGAAAAAUUAAUACCUAGCUUGGAAAUUAUCUUACCACGUGAUUUGGCAGAUGGGUUUGUGAAUAAUAAGCGAGAAAGCUACAAAUUUAAAUUUCAAAGAAUUUUUGAUCAGGAUGCAAAGCAAGAGACCAUUUUUGAAAACAUUGCCAAACCAGUUGCUGGGAGUGUCCUGGAAGGUUACAAUGGUACUAUCUUCGCGUAUGGGCAAACAGGCAGCGGGAAGACAUUCACUAUCACAGGGGGUGCAGAACGUUACAGUGACAGAGGCAUUAUCCCAAGGACACUGUCAUACAUUUUUGAACAGUUACAAAAGGACAGCAGCAAAAUGUAUACAACGCACAUUUCCUAUUUGGAAAUCUACAACGAAUGUGGUUAUGAUCUUUUGGAUCCAAGACAUGAAGCCUCCAGUUUGGAAGAUUUGCCGAAAGUGACAAUACUGGAGGACCCUGAUCAGAACAUUCACCUGAAAAACUUGACUCUCCAUCAGGCAACCACAGAGGAAGAAGCUCUGAAUUUGCUUUUUUUAGGAGACACCAACCGAAUGAUUGCAGAGACUCCUAUGAACCAAGCUUCAACUCGUUCCCACUGCAUUUUUACUAUUCAUUUGUCAAGCAAGGAACCAGGAUCUGCAACAGUACGACACGCCAAACUCCAUCUGGUUGACCUGGCUGGUUCAGAGCGAGUUGCGAAGACUGGAGUAGGGGGCCAUCUUCUAACCGAGGCCAAGUAUAUCAACUUGUCACUACAUUACUUAGAACAGGUUAUCAUUGCCCUUUCAGAAAAGCAUCGUUCACACAUUCCUUAUAGAAACUCCAUGAUGACCAGUGUCCUACGAGACAGUUUGGGAGGGAACUGCAUGACAACUAUGAUUGCAACACUCUCCUUGGAGAAGAGGAAUCUCGAUGAGUCUAUAUCUACCUGCAGAUUUGCACAGCGAGUGGCACUCAUAAAGAAUGAAGCUGUUCUUAAUGAAGAAAUUGAUCCCAGAUUGAUGAUUAAACGCCUACAAAAGGAAAUCCAGGAACUGAAGGAUGAACUGGCCAUGGUCACUGCGGAGCAGAGGACAGAGGCACUCACAGAAGCAGAGCUCCUUCAGCUGGAAAAACUAAUAACAUCCUUUUUGGAAGACCAGGAUCCAGAGAGUAGAUUAGAGGUUGGUGCGGAUAUGCGUAAAGUUCAUCACUGUUUUCAUCAUUUAAAGAAACUAUUGAAUGACAAGAAGAUCUUUGGAAACAAUACAGUCUCCAAUACAGUCUCCUCUGAAAGCAAAGACCAAGACUGUCAAGAACCAUUAAAAGAGGAAGAAUAUAGAAAGCUACGAGAUAUUCUAAAACAGAGAGAUAAUGAAAUCAAUAUCCUGGUCAACAUGUUAAAAAAAGAAAAGAAGAAAGCUCAGGAGGCCCUCCACUUGGCUGGCAUGGAUAGACGUGAAUUCAGACACUCCCAGAGCCCACCCUUCCCCCCGGGAAACCCAGAAGAAGGUCAAAGGAUGCGACUAUCCUCAGCUCCCUCACAGGCCCAGGACUUCAGCAUUUUGGGGAACAGAUCCAGUUUGCUCCACAAGAAAACAGGAAUGAGAGAGGAAAUGUCUUUAGGGCGCCAGGAGGCUUUUGAAAUCUUCAAGAGGGACCACGCUGACAGCGUUACCAUCGAUGACAACAAACAGAUUCUGAAACAGAGAUUUUCUGAAGCCAAGGCCCUGGGAGAAAGUAUAAAUGAAGCAAGAAGUAAAAUUGGUCACCUGAAGGAAGAAAUCACCCAGCGGCAUAUACAGCAAGUAGCCCUAGGAAUCUCGGAAAACAUGGCGGUGCCUCUGAUGCCAGACCAGCAGGAGGAGAAGCUGCGAUCACAACUGGAGGAAGAAAAGAGAAGGUAUAAAACAAUGUUCACUCGCCUGAAAGCCCUGAAGGUGGAGAUCGAGCACUUGCAGCUGCUCAUGGACAAAGCCAAGGUGAAGCUACAGAAAGAGUUUGAAGUCUGGUGGGCAGAGGAGGCCACCAACCUGCAGGUAAAGUCUCCAGCAGUGAACUCACUCGAUCACACGAAGCCGUUUCUCCAGACAUCUGACUCCCAGCAUGAACAGUCCCAACUCUUCUCUAACAAAAGUUCUGGAGGCUGGGAAGUCCAAGGUCAAGGCACUGGCAGAUUCGAUGUCUGUGAUGUGAAUGCCAGGAAAAUCCUGCCCUCGCCUUGCCCCAGUCCACACAGCCAGAAACAGAGCAGCACCAGCACCCCACUGGAAGACAGCAUCCCCAAGAGGCCAAUGUCGUCCAUCCCUCUCACCGGAGACAGCCAGACGGACUCGGACAUCCUGGCCUUCAUCAAAGCCAGACAGAGCAUUCUGCAGAAGCAAUAUCUUCAGCUCCUUUGUUCUCUGUCCCCAAAGUCAGCUGUCUCCUUCGCUCAGCCAUCUACAAACAGGAAGGGGCUGAGCGAUGUUUUGGUAACUCGUUGAACCCCUGGCUCGAAGACUCACUCCCCUCUCAGAGUGUGGUUCUUGCCAAAAAGCUGCAAGUGUAAACACUACUCGAAGGCCCAGGCCCGAGGACACGUAACAAUCACAGAGGAAGUAAGUGUGGCGUGUCACACAACAGGAAGAGAAGAAGGCUCUUCUCAGCCUGCAUCACUGCCCCCUCCACCCCCAGCCCCAUCCUCUUGGCAGCUGCCCAUCUCCCAUCUGCGGUGGAUGGGCCUUUUCUCUUUCUGCCUUCCAUCCCACACACACCCACAGGGCAAGCCCCAGGGCCCCUUACCCCAGGCCUGCAUUUUGUCUUUGUCUCCUCCCCAUAACCCAAAGGCUACUAGGCAGGCUUAACAUUGCCUUCACAUUGCCAGAAAGGCGCCCCCGCCGUGAUGGUAUCGGCCGGCAGAUUGGAUGUAUAAUGACUGAUGCCUGCCCUGCGGGGCCUGCACUCAGCUUCUCCACCAACCGUGUGCAGUUUGGGCAGGAAGAGAUUUGUGCAUGGAUGGAGCACCGCAGCUGAGAGCCGGCUUUGGUCCUGCUGUCCUCGCCUUGCUUGGCCGCCAGCCUGCUUCCUUACUAUCCUCUCUUCACCACCAGGACCGGCAACCUCAGCACCACUAUCAGGUCCUUUCUUAGACCUGGGACAGCCCAGCUCUGCUGCGAUCUUGUCUCAUUCUCAGUGUCCUUGUCUAAAAAAGAAGACUGGAUUCAGUGAUCUCCAAGUCCCCAUCUAUGCCCCAAAUACUCUGAUGAUAUGUAUCAGGCACUGAACAGUAAUGAACAGCCAAUCAGUCAGCAAACACUGUAUGUGUUGGGUGCCUUCUUAUGCCAGCUACUACUAGUGCUGGGGCUACAGCAGAGAACAAGACAGAGCCCAGCAGGUGAGAAACUGACAUUCUAGGGGGAGGAAGGAGACAGACAAUGAACACAUCAACAAAUAAGUAAGAUCGUUUGAGGGGCUAAUAAGUGCUAUGAAAUAACUAAGCUAUGUAAUGUGGUAGACAGUAACUGGGAAGACUGCUUUUAGCUGGGUAGGUUGGGGAGGCCUCACCUGAGAAGAGAACUUUAAACUGACAGCUGCAUCAUGAGAAGGGAGCAGGCACGCCACGUUCUGGGAAUGCACAGUCCUAGCAGACAGAGUGGAAAGCGAGAAGUCUGAAGGGAAAGCGUUUCUUGGCCACAAGGUGGGAAGGAGACCAGAGUGACUGGAGGGCAGGGAGCAAGAGCACAAGGACCAAGUCACACCAGCCUUAGGCACAGAGGAAAGAGAUUUGGAUUUUAUUCUGGGUACAGUGGAAGCCCACUGAAGAAUUUUAACCAUGGAGUGAUAUGAUGUGAUUGAUGCUUCAAAAAGCUCACUUUGUCAUAUGUAGUAUAGAUUGCAGGGGCCAAGGGCAGACCAGUUACCAGGCUACCAUGAAAGUGCCAGCAAGGGAUGACUGUGGCUUGGACUCACCAGUAGACUGAAUGUGAGAUGCAAGAGAAAGAGGAGAGUCAGGGCACCUCCUGGGCUUUUGAUCUGAGAAGCUAACAGAAUGGCUAAAUGAUAAAGGCAGGGAAGCAUGGCCAUCAGAGGCAAGGAUCUGGAGGGAUGGAGAGUUCUGGCUACCCCGUUUGAAGUUUCAGAUGAUGUUUGACGUCUAAGAGGAGGUGACGAGUAGACAGGUGAGCAUGAGUGGAGCUCAGAGAGAAAGUCUAAGCUAGAAAAAGAAAUGGGCAAGUCGUCAUGUCUGGAUGGUGUCUGAAGCCACAGGACUGAGUACAGUGUCCUCUGAAGAGCAGAGAUGGAGGCAUUCAAAUUGCUGAGAACAGCCCCCUGGGGCUCUCCAACAGUUGCAGAGAGAGAGAGGAAGCAGCGAUGCUGAGAAGGUACUGCCAGGGUGCAAGGAGGAACAGCAGAUGAGUGGGUAUGGCCUCAGGCACAAGCUGGAGAAGCACAAGCUCCAAGGAGAGACGGGCCAGUAGAGUGUGGCAGGAUGGAAUGUGGACUGCAGGUCAUUUUGCAUGUCAGGGUGGUCAUGGACAAGCGCUAUUUAGCCAGGGGACUGGCGAGAGAUGGAAGGGAAAGAGGCUGAGGCAGUGAGCAGAUACAACUCCUCUAGGAGGUUGAGCAUUGACAGGAGCAGAGAACUGGAGCUGGAGCUGAAGGGAAGCAGGAGCCCAGAGGGAUGUUUCUUGUGUUGUAAAGGGGUCCUGUGAAGACUUGCUCACGUGCUGAAACAUGCAGAGGAGGGAAAUUGAAGCUACAGUGGGAGAGGGGAGCAGAGCUGCAGGAAAAACUUCCUUGAGAAAGUAGAGGGGACGGUGUCCGGGGCACAAGUGGAGGAAGGCUUGGAUAUGCAGGAGAUCCUUUGGAGCUGGGAUAUCCCUUCCCCUGUAUCAAAUCCAUAGAAAUCGACCAUCAUUCCUCCCCUCGAGAAGCCUACAAGCAAGCAAUGUCUUUAAUUUAUGUUCACUAAGCUUUUGUACAUAUAAGAGAGAUGUGAUCAUCUGUCUCCAAACAUAAGAGGCAGAAGUCCGGGUCCCUGUCAGAGCGGGGUCCUCCUGCUAACACUGUCCCCAGGCAGUGCAGAGAGCUGGAUUGAAGGGCAGGCACUUGUAUUAAAAUAUAUAUGGCAAAUUACCAUUUGUAAAUGUUUUCAUUUUUUAUUGUUUCAUUUGAUGCUCUUAAUGCUCCUGUAAGACACGCAGGGCCAAGAUUAUGAUCCCCUAUUGACAGGUGAGGAAACUGAGGCACACAGCGAUUGAAUCACUUCCCCAAGGUUACACAGCUGAUAAAUGGCAGAGCCAGCAUAACCCAGGUUUUCUGCUCUCUCCCCACUGGGCCACACUGUCUUGAAAAGCUGCAACUACCAAGAUGUGCCCACCCUACUGUCAGGAGUUCUCUCAGCCUCAGGAACAGGAACCAGCAUUGACAGGAGGGGAGUGACCGCAGCCUUUACCCACCCUGCAGCUGUGGCGCUUUGCUCUCCAAACAACAGCAGCCUGGAAGUAAUUCAUCAAAGCAAACAAAACUUCCACGGCUCAAUUUUUAUUCCGAAAGGAAGAAUAUUCAUUCUGGCUUUUCAGUGACAGGGCCACAAAGGAAGCCAAAGACAGGUUGACACCGGGUCCCUCUGCCACCAGGUCCCAAAGGGCCAGCAGGCGUGACCUCUCAGGACAUACAGCAGAUGGUUCUGGUCCCACCAUGCGGCACUUAAUAUGCAGCCCACUUAUCAGGGCACCCAGGCAAACACACAGGCCGGGGCCCAGGCACCUUCUCAGCCAAAGCAAACACCUCCGUCUCCCUGCCUGGGCUCUCGAAUCUUAAUUUAGCACACAGCGCUGCCGUGGUUACUUCAGGAGUGCUCAUUAAGGGGAAUUUGUGACUGUCAGCCCAGGAGCAGGAGCCCAGAGAGGGCAAUUUAACAUAAGCCUCGCCAGCUCUUAGGCUUCACCAAGGGCCAGGAUGGAUCUACUUGAUUUAGGAUGCGUGGAACAGCAUGGAAAGUUUAAAUCCCUGCCAGGGGCACGUGUGGACAGGUAUAUAACCCCCGUAAGGGGCAUCAGUCAUCCGUGGAGUCAACUCUGCCGUUUCCAACUGCCAAGGACAGUUUUUACACUGAGGAAAUGAGGUUAACCCCUUUCUAGAGGGCCUUUUUGUUUUUAAUCUUGCUUAAUCGCUGAGUUUGGAAGUAUUCCCAUCUGGAAAGGAACCGUGGUGUGACCCCCAUAACCAUGAGUCUGUCUUCUCCAAGAGGUGUUAGGAAGAGGUCCUGCCUCUCCCAGCCCUCCAGCCCACUGGGAGAAACCCUCCAGCUCUCUUCUGUGUUCAGAAACCCUCCCAGGGAAAGAGAAAGAGCCCCGAACUGGGAGGGAAAAGGCGGAAAUUCCCAGGCCAUCUCCACUCUGCGUGACACUGGGCAGGUCACCUCCCCAAGCCUCCCUCUCACUGUCUGUAUUGUACAGAUUCCUCCCUUGCCCAGGCUCUGAUUCUCCCCCAGAUAAUAUCCAUUAAAGUCCCUCAUCAACGCCCAAGCACCAAGGAAUUGUUAGCAGGGAAGUGGCCUCUGUGGUGAGAGCUGGCCCAACACCAUGAGGUGUGAUUUUUUUUUUAAUGGUGUAUCUGUAGCAUGCCCUCCAUUCUGGGAACCCACAGUAAUCAAAAUCCCAAUAUAGACAGAGCUUCAUCACUUAAGUGGGGUCCAUAAAGUGAAUGAGCUGUAAAUGGUGCCUUUUGUGUUGAGGUCUGUGCAUGUAAGGAACUAUGUCUUGGAGCAGAGCGUGUUCUCAGCCC